CAGAGAAGUCGGAGUUCAAUGUGAAACAGAUCGUAGCAAAACACUCCAAGAAAGUAAGAAAACACAAUGAGCUUCCUUCCUUUUUUCUCUGCAGAAACAUGGAUUCUAUUGAUCACCUUCAUCUGCUUAUUUGUUUGGCAUGGCAGCUCAACUUUUGGGGUGUUUGAGAAGUUGGGGAUUCCAGGUCCCAAGCCGCUGAUGUACUAUGGAACACUGACCAGACACAACUACAUUUACUUCCUUGCUGACACCGAAUGUGCUCAGAAAUAUGGGAGAGUGUUUGGCUUGUACGAGUUCAGGAAGCCCAUGCUGGUUGUAACGGACCCUGACAUGCUGAAAACCAUCCUGGUGAAGGAGUGUUUCACCUACUUCACCAACCGCAGGAACUUUUAUCUGAAUGGUGAGCUCUAUGACGCAGUGAACAUAGCUGAGGAUGACCAGUGGAGACGAAUCCGUCACGUCCUCAGUCCCUCCUUCACCUCUGGCCGUAUCAAAGAGAUGUUUAAUAUCAUGAAGAAUUAUUCCAGAAAGCUGACAGAGAGUCUGAGGUCCAAGGUGCACAAUAAUGAAGUCGUUACGAUAAGAGACCUGGCAGGAGCCUACAGCAUGGACGUGAUGGCGAGCUGUGCAUUCAGUGUGGAUUUAGACACAUUCAAGAAUCCCUCCAGUCCUUUCAUCACUCAUGCUGGAAAGCUGUUCAGAUUCCCCAUUGGGACUUACAUUUUUGCAGGCUGGUUUCCUAUUUUUCUUCCUCUCAUGAAGCUGCUGGGCAUUUCAUUUUACAACAAGUCUUCCACUGCUUUCUUUAAACGGUUUGUGGAGAGAGUCAGAGCUCAGCGCAGUGACGACUCACGCCAGAAAUCGAGAGAUAUCUUUCAGCAUAUGAUCAACUCUCAGACGGACGGCGAAAACAAGAAUGACAAGUCCAACCACGGUCUCACUGAUCACGAGAUCAUUUCCCAAGCAACAAUGAUGGUGUUUGCUGGCUACGAGACCAAUGCCAGUGCUCUGACUUUCCUGGCCUACAGUUUGGCAACUAAUCCCCAGAUCAUGAAGCGCCUGCAAAGAGAGAUUGACUCCACUUUCCCAAAUAAGGAAUCGAUUCAGUAUGAAGCUCUGAUGCAGAUGGAGUACUUGGACUGUGUUGUCAGUGAGUGUCUCAGACUCUACCCUCCAGCUCUACGUUUGGAACGGGUGGCCAAAGAAACAGUGAAGAUCAACGGAGUGACAGUCCCAAAAGGCAUGCUGGUCAUGGUCCCGGUCUACGCUCUGCACCGGGACCCCGAGCUGUGGCCGGAGCCGGAGGAGUUCAGGCCCGAGAGGUUUAGUAAGGAGAAGAAGCAACACAUCAACCCUUACUCGUAUCUGACAUUCGGGAUCGGGCCGAGGAAUUGCCUGGGGAUGAGAUUUGCCCUGGCGGCAGUCAAACUGGCCUUGGUGGAAAUCUUGCAGUCAUACAGCUUCUCUGUGUGCGAGGAAACAGAGAUUCCUCUGAAGAUGAGCAACGCACCCAUUCUGGACACCGAUAGCCCCAUCAAGCUGAAGGUGGUGAAACGUCCCGAUGGGGACAGCUGGGACGAAGACAUAAUCAGAGAGACGAAGGCCCCGGUCUUACCUGCUGACAUUCAUGACUGAAUGUUUUUUGUAUUGAGAACUCUCUUUAAAAAUAAAAUAAAAUAAAAAUCCCCUUUUAUGUUAUUUUGAUUCCAUCAUAUUUGCUGAUAAGUUAAAAAAA